AUGCCAGGGUCAACAGAACUCCUAGCCCGCCGCGUCACCUCGGUCGCCCUGGCCAUCGUUUUCUUUUCAGCCACAUCGGGCCGCUUCACCCCGGUCUCGUGGUUCACCCAGUCCGACUGGGUCACCUACAUCGACGGCCCCUGCAUCGCCGACCGCGUCCUCUCGCCUGUGAUACUCGGCGGCGCCGCCAUCCUACACUGGUACAUCGCCUCCCAGCGCAUCGCCCUUCCCCUCACCCUCACCAUUCCUUCGGGGCAAGACAUCGCCCGCCGCGGCGGAGGAGGCGCGGCAGCCGCCAACAACACCGUCGUGCUGGGCCUGUGGCAGCCGAGCUACUACUGGGCCUUCGGGGUUUCAGAGGUAGUCCUGCUCUACGCCGUCGCAUCCGGCGGCGCGAGCGUCUUCGCCACGCGCUGCACCAUCGUCGCCCUCGUCUCGACCGUCUGGGUCCUCGGAUGGAACGCGCUGCCUUGGUACCGCAAGGAGCAGGCUUGGGCCAUGAUAAAGGAGUACCUGUUGCAGCUUAUCAUCAUGGAGAUGGUGAACAUGGCGUUUGGGGGCGGCUCAGACCGACGAAGGAGGCGGAGGAGGUUUUAG